UUUAUUUCUCGUUUCGCUUUCUCGUAAACUUACUCGAUUCUCUUUCAUGUCGUCUUCGAUGCAAGCGGAUUUUAACUUUAACCUUCCCUACCGUCAGCAAUCACUUACUAGAAAUCCUCCGCGCAAUUACCAGCAUUUGCCACGUGUGUCAUCAAUAUCUCACGGUUGCCAUGUGUUUUGUCAGGAAUGUUUUUCGAGAAUAUUUCUUUGCUCUGCAGCCUAUAAGCUCUAUCUUUUGGUUGCGUGGUGUAUCGGAUUGAGUGGACUUAUGUAUCUUCAGAAACCAACUCCAGAUCCAACUCAAUGGAUUUCCGAUGAGUUGAAAGCUGUUUGGGUUGGAAUAUUCUUCGUUUACCUCAUUUCUCAAAUAUUUGGUCUACUGGCAGUUGUUUCAGAGAUUGAAAAGAUUUUCGUACCGUAUACCGUGAUUCUCAUCAUUAUCAAAGUUACAAAUAUUAUCAUUCUGAGUCAAACUAUUGUGGUAAUUGGUGCCAAUUUGUUUGGAGUUCAUGAUUUUGGAGAUAGUGUAUUUGGAAUUGAUCCAGUUGUAAUGUGCGUUCUGUCAAUUUUGUAUCUGAUCUACAACUCAGUUUGCUUGUUGGCAGUGCUUCAUCUUUGUGCUCAUUUUGACAAAAAACGGAUUGUUGCUGAAAGACGUCGUCGAGAACUUAUUGCUCAGAACAAUAGAAUUAUUAACCGCCUUAUAGAACUCAAUGGACAGGAGCAGCCCGUUGUGAUUGAUGUGGAUAGUCCGCCGAAGUAUUCGAGCCUGACCACAAAGUCCGGAUGCACUGAGACUCCCCCACCUGGAUAUUCCCAACUAGACUGUAUGGAUGACAAUUGGAGUCAGGAUGGAAAAAAGUAGAGAAACUCUCGUCGGGCUCUUUUUCAAGAUCCUCCAGUUUGAUUGAAAUAAAAAUAUCGAAAUUAUAUAAUUGAUAUGACCCAUUUGUUUCUUUUCCAAAUUCACUUUUAAUCAUAAAGAAAGGAAUGAUAAGCAAAAAUGUGAAGAUUUUUCGAAUAUGAAUUACCGUAUUCACUGAAACCCGCCACUCUUUUCUGAAAGUUCUGAAUGGCUUUUUCUUCCCAAAGCGGUCCUCAUUACUGUUUUUAUCCUGUAGCUUUAUGAGCAUAUAUAUGAAUGAGUCCCAUCCCUUUAAAUGCAUUUUUGAAAAAACGCAUUGAUUUCAAUUUUGCUGCA